AUUCCUUCACACGCCCUACGCGGCUACGCUCAAACACCACAUACAACAAAGCGAGCCAAACCCAGCGCGACCGCCGCGAGAGAGGAGGCGGAGGCCAAACCCAAGAGAAACACAGCCGCGCCACCCACCAAUCCCGAGCAAAGGGGAGGAAGCAGAGGGAGAAGAAGCCGCGCGGGGCAAUGGGCAACAGCAUCGGCGGCCGGCGGAAGGGCGCCAAGGUCAUGCAGCUGGACGGCACGGCGUUCCGCGUGAAGCCUCCGGCGUUCGCGGGCGCGGUGCUGCGCGACCACCCGGGGUUCCAGCUCCUCGAGUCCGAGGAGGUGAAGCUGCUGGGCGUCCGCGCCCGCCCGCUCGCGCACGACGCGCAGCUCCGCCCGGGCCGGCUCUACUUCCUCGUCGCGCUGCCCCGGCCUGCCGCCCCGCCGCGCCGGGCGUGGUCCGGCGCGCUCCACGUCGGCGCGCGGGAGCGGCUCGAGUCGCUCAUGCUCACGCGCCGGUCCACCUCCGACCUCUCCCUCCCGGCCUCGGCCGCCACGGCGCCGGCGUCGCCGCUCUCCACGGCCUCCGAGGGCGGGCCCGUCCGGCUCCGGAUGCGCCUGCCCAAGGCCCAGGUCGAGAAGCUCAUGGCCGAGAGCCGGGACGGCGCCGAGGCCGCCGCCAGGAUCAUGCAGCUGUGCGCGGCCAACGCCGGCAGCGGCGCGGCCACGCCGGAGAGGGGGAUACUGCGGACGCCCGAGCGGAGCCCGCGGUUCGUGCCCACGCCGGAUUGGGGCGUCGGCGCCGGCGCGUUCGCGCAGACGCCGGAGCGGAGCCCGAGGUUCGCGGCGACGCCCGACUGGGGGACCGGGUUCAUGAUGCCGUCGGGCGCUGGGACGGCGCCGAGGACGCCCGAGAGGUGGCCCGCGCUGCCCCGCACGCCGGAGUACGCGUCGCCGGACGUCAAGGCCAGCCGGAAAGAGAAGCGGACGCGGUUCGUGGCGCUGCCGGACGAGAUCAUCGCGUGAUCUGACUUCGUCUUCCCGGACGAAGCGGGAGCUCCGUGCGGUUGCUUGCGACAUGGCGAGCAUGAUGUGAUGGCGAGACGAGGUCAGAGAGCCAGGAGAUGUAGACAGAUCCGCGCUCGAUCCCACGGUCGUUUUCCUCGGUUGCGGGCUGGAGAUGAUCGGCGGCCGCCGGUCCACGGCGGCGGCGGCUUCCUAGCUGCCUCGCUUCCGGCGACAUGGACUGGGGUGUCUGUCAUCUUCCUUGUUCCUCUUGUUGUGUGGUGUAUGUAUGUGCUGCAUCUGUAAGGCUCUCUUUGUCGUCGUCUCGGCUCUCUAGAUUUAGGUAGUAGCUGAAGAAGCUUAGAGUACAAGUAUAGUUCUACAUGUAUAUGAACACAUGCUUUUGUGGAGAUGGCAGUUAUAAAUACCUAUGUAGCCAACGAACAGCAUCGCGUGUCACCAUCCCGAUCAUGAUUCUAUUUCUGUAAAUAUUCCGUCAAAAGAGGAAUAAGGAAUAAUUGCGAGUGUUUUUCGUGGCUCAA